AAUUUAAACAUGUCGGUGAUCUUGGCUUCUGCGGGAUACGACCACACCAUCAGAUUCUGGGAUGCUCUCACGGGUGUAUGCUCUCGUACCAUUCAACACACUGACUCGCAGGUGAAUCGGUUAGAAAUCACUUCCGACAAACGGUACUUGGCUGCUGCUGGGAAUCUCUAUGUUAGACUCUAUGACAUCAGACAGACAGGGAAUUCUGGCAAUGGAACCACCAGUGCUGCUAAUAUCAGCAACAAUCCAAAUAAUAACGGGAGCAGCAACCAUAUCAACAGUGGGAACAACAACAAUCCUACUGGAGCUGGCAAUGUAGGUGGUAACAACGCCGGUGGUAAUGGAACCACCUCAUCUACCACUUCGUCAUCAUCCAAUUCGUCAUCAAACCCGGUGAUGACUUUUGAAGGUCACACCAGUAAUGUGACGUCUCUUGCCUUCCAAGUGGAAAACAAGUGGAUGGUUACUUCGUCUGAAGAUGGGAUGGUUAAAGUGUGGGACGUACGAACACCCUCAGUCCAAAGAAAUUAUAAACAUCAUUGUCCCGUAAACGAGGUGGUGAUCCAUCCGAACCAGGGGGAACUCAUUUCUUGUGAUCAAGAUGGGAACAUUAGGAUUUGGGACCUUGGUGAAAAUCAAUGUACUCAUCAUCUUAUCCCCGAAGAUGAUGUUCCAAUAAACUCACUCUCAGUUGCAAGUGAUGGUCUGAUGCUUGUAGCAGGGAACAAUAAGGGAAAUUGUUAUGUUUGGAAGAUGCAAAACCAGAGAGACGUGACUUCUUUGACUCCGGUGACAAAAUUCCGUUCGCAUAGUAAGUACAUCACAAGAGUGGUGUUAUCAACUGACAUGAGACACUUGGCAACAUGUCUGGCCGAUCAUACAGCACGGAUUUGGUCUACGGAGCAAAACUUCAACUUGGAGACAACCUUACAGGGCCAUCAACGUUGGGUGUGGGAUUGUGCAUUUAGUGCCGAUAGUGCAUAUUUGGUAACCGCUUGUUCUGAUCACUAUGUGAGACUUUGGGACUUGUCUAAUAGCGAGACUGUUAGACAGUACAAUGGACAUCACAAGGGUGCUGUUUGCGUUGCUUUGAACGAUGUGUAGAAGGAGAAAAAAAAAAUAAAGAGUACAGAAGCGAGGAUCGACUUUCAUACCAUUUGACAUUCACCACUGGGGGGUUAGUCAAUGGAACUGAUUUCAAAGGUCGA